AUGCCGUCCCCUGCGACUCCAAAUCGUCCCUCCAACACGGGAGGGAAUACCAAAUCAACCCCAGCAAAGACACUGGAUAUUGGCCAGCCGCUCGGGGCCCACGAUACAAACACAGUUCGCUCCAGAGUGCGAAAAUGGCAACAACAAGGAGGCGGGGUAAUCACGAUCGACGACGGUGUAUACUAUGAUGAUGAAGGUACCAACAACGAGAAUAAAGCGAAAGAGAAAGAGAAAGAGAAAGAGAAAGAGAAAGCAAAAUCGACACCAAAAUCGACACCGAUAGCCAAGGUGACCGUCAAACCAAAGUCGGAAGUUGGAAGAGCGCCCAGGGAAAAAACUGCCAAAGGUCCUGUGGCGCAAACGAGGAAACGAAGUCACAGUACACCGCGCAAACGAGUGAUCAGUGAUGAGCACUGGCGAAGAAAUCGCUCGACGACAACGGUAGGAUCGACAUCUACACGGAAUCUGCCGGCCCCGAAACGCAUCAAUGAAUAUACUACAAAUGAAAAAGAGGAUACCCCGCGUGCGAAGAAAGAUAUCAAGAGGGAACUUCCGGACAGGACUCGUGAAACCCCUCGAUCGGGAGCGAAGCCUACGAAGGAAUGGAAGUCUACGCCUCGAAAGCGCCCGGAGUCAGUUGCCGACAGUGAUUGGGAGACGGAGACAGAUCGCCCCAAGUCUGUGAUAAGAUCGGAGAUAUCGGACAAGCAUAAGCGAGCAUCUCCACCACCGGAAGAUGCAGGAGAUUGGGCGAAAAGCGAGGCCGACUUCUCGGAGUUGUCGCGUAGACGCGCCAGAGGCCCACAGGUACCAAAGGGUGGCAUAUUCACACAAAUGCUCGAUGAGUCUAGAAAGAUGUUCUCAUUGCCCAAGCCAGAACCUCCCAGACCUGCUCCGCCCGUCGCAAACCGAGGAACGAAGAUCGAGGCUUGGUUAUCGGAGACGCCGGACCCUUUUCUCGACGAUGGCAAGCGUGAUAUGCCUGGUCCCCUUGAUAUCAAGUCCGCACGAGAAAGACGAUCCAAGAGGUUGGUUGAUACCGACACAGUGAGCAGCUUGACAUCUGAUACGCUACCUGAAAGCGAGUUACGCCCAAAGAGCUCCCACAGUCGACAGUCCAAGGAUAAAGAUCGCACUUCGUCAAGUGACAGACCACGAAAGUCUCAUCAUGGCGAGCCUGUGUCGGAUACUAAGCGAGUGAGUGCUGAUAGAUCUCGCAAAUCGCCGCCAAGAUCUAAAGCCGAGAGGGCCACGCACGAAAUACAGGAUUCCGUGUAUGAAGACAGCCUCGCGCCAUCUGAAUCCGAGAUACAGUUAGGUUCAGAAAUCUCGGAGGUAUCAGGAAAUAAUGCGCCUGUUCCGCUUGGCCGCAAGAAACCAUUCCCAAGCACAGGGUACCAUCGACUAUCCACUAUUGCCUCAUCCGAUACGCUGAGUACUCGUCCAGAGGGGUCAACAUUAUCUGCGCCAUCUGCGCCUGAGAAGGCUGCAGCCACCGCCACCGCGAAGGCCGAACCCACGUUGGCAGAGGAUCCGGAAGAGGCCGACGAACAGAAGGAUCAGUUCGAUCCGGAUUCGCUUCCUGCGGUCUCAUCACAGCUGAAACGUCGACUAACGACCCAUAACGACCUUAUGUCUGUUCUUUCUGUCCCCGCUUCCAGAAGCAGGAGUAUCCGAUCUGCACGAAGCAUUCGGACUAAUAAGAGUCGGCUGGCUAGUGCCACCGUCCCUGAUCUCCUGGCCGAGUUGUCUGCCGAUGAGACCAAAUAUAUGCGAGAGCUGAAGACGCUUGUUGGUGGCGUCAUCCCGGUGUUAUUGACCUGUGUCCUCUCCCGAUCUGAUUCAGCCAUCGCCGCUGGUUUGUUCCAGCCAUCGCUAGAUCCGAAAGAUGACCUUAACUUCUCUAAGCCCAUAGUCAACAUGGGUGUUGCGAUUGAACGACUGAAGACACUGCACAAGCGCAUCCCACAAAACGACACAGAUGCCUUGUUGAACUGGGCCCAAGGUGCGCAGAGAGUCUAUCGCGAGUACCUGAAAGCGUGGAGACUUGGCUUCAAGGAUGUCAUCGUGAAUCUUGCUCCCCUAGAAGAGGGUGAAGCGGACGGCAAUGACGAUACGAAGAGUUUGGAUGAAGGCAUGGAGAGAGACGAGAACGGCGACGUGGUGGAUGCUGAUGGAGAGAAGGUAGAUGUGGCCUAUUUGUUAAAGAGACCUUUGGUGCGAUUGAAGUACCUAGCCAAGAGCUUCAAGGGUAUCAACAUCUUGCAGCCAUCGCCUAAGGCCGAGGAAAUCGCCACAGCCUACCAAGGCCUCGUGCUAGAUGCCCGAAAGCGCGCCCGGGAUGAGAGAGCAAGACUCGAAGACGAAUCUGCUGCUAGGAUAGAUUCAACUCGUGCUAGAGACCCUAUGACUCUGGCAGUUGCCCGAAAUGUGGUUGUCGACCAAACUCGCCGUGUCCGAGCCCGUGACUUCUUCAACUUCUCUCUUUACCACUCAAGUGGCCAAUUGGUCGAUUGUCGAGCUGAAUUGCUUUACCGAGACAACCCUUCUGGAAGUGAAUCUGGUGGUGACCUGAUGAUUUGCGAGAUCGACCACUCUGAUCGCUGGCUGCUGUUCCCGCCUAUGGAUCUUCGAUGCGUUUCGGCGCGCAGUGGUGAAACUGGUGAGAUUGUACUUAUGCUGCGCAGUGCCCCCGGAGAUGAGAAGUACUGGCAAGAAUUGAUCUCCCUUCGAAUUGACGACUUCGAGAUUGGUGUCGAAUGGGUCUCGCUAUUGGGCUCAGACCCUAUUCCACCGACAAUCUUCCGCAGCCAAAGCUUCAUGAGUCGCGCAAAGCAGCAUAGAGCACGGAAGUCUUCUGUUAGCGACUCGCCACCUCGAGCAAACCCAAGUGAUAUUGAUAUUCCUAUUGGCGAGAAACGACGGUCUUUUACACCCAAGGAGCAUUACUCAGAGCCGAGCACCGUCAGCUCCUCUGCCACGGAGGCUAGAAGCUCUCUGUAUUCCUCCGUGACUCGCGAGACAGAUUACACUACAGGAGGAUCUGAAAUCUCGGCAAAACAAGCACGCUCCGGUUUUACAUCUCUACCGUCUCAGACAAGCCCCGAACGGUCUCCAAACGGACUUAAAAGGUCAAAGGCUAAACGACACUCCCGCUACGGCGAUAGCCCGGCCUCUGAAGUGGUUCCUCCUGAGCCCAUUGUGGAGGAGAAGGCUGUGGAAACAACACCGACUAAAAUCAGAUACUACGGCGGCGAAGGUAGUGAGACCAGUCAAGCAACAAGCCCUCCCAAACCCAAGUCUGCUUCACGGAUCCCACAGCCCAAGACUCCUCGUAAACAGCAGUCUCCUGAGCCUGAAUCUCCGCGAGUCUCUUCAGUGCCUUCGGCGCACUUGCCACAGAUUCCUAAGAUCAGAACCACCAGCAGUCAAACCCAUUUGUCAGAUCUCGCUAGAACCGAGUUUGACGAUGAAGAAGAAGAUUACCCUCCUCUGGAUUCAUUGCCGGAUCAAGAAGCUCCAGAGACCCCGACAAAGUCUAGAAGAAAGUCUCGUCGCAAGUCAAAACACGAGGAGGCGCCUCCACCUCCGCCACCUCAUCGCUCUCCAAGCUCUGCUGCUGGGAGAAAGCAUUCCAACUCUCCAGUUCUUAGCCCAUCAAGCAAUGGGCUUAAGCGAAGGGGCUCUUCUCCUUUGAAACAUGAAUAUGAGCCAUCCACAGCUUCUGAUUCAUACACGGAAUCGGACUCAGAUGCAUCGACCGUCCGCCAUUAUAGCUAUUCCUCUUCAGAAUACUCAAGGUCAGACUCUGAUUCAGACUCGUACUCCGAGGCUUCUGCAUCGGACGACGAGGAUGCAAGCGAGCUAAGCGAGUUGCCUAAGCCAAAGCGUGUUGACACAGCAACGUCUGAGACGAGCUCAUUGUCUCCUUCUAAUUCUGCAUCUCAAAGCGGUUAUAGAACUGUGCCACUCCAGCCAGCCAAAUCAUCGAAGGCGGUCGCAACCCUUUUUGCAUGGACUGAUAAAGGAAACUGGGAAACUUUAAUUCCCGAUGAAUUAGCCAUCGCUGUCAGCCCUGGUCUUAUCGAAGCAUUCAAGAUGAAUGCCGACCCUCGAUCAAAGCCACUCAUCUCCAUGGAGCUUACCCCAUUGGUCCCCAUCCGUCGAGGCACAGCCAUUGAUAUCAGUAUCCGAUCUCCCCCCACUCAGCGUUCUAAGAUAACAUCCAGCAACAACAUCAUGUUCCGCUCUCGAAACCCCGACGAAUGCGACAGCCUCUACAGUCUCAUCAACCAAGCACGCAUCAACAACCCAACCUACAUCGCUCUCCAAAACGCCCGUGGGCCCUUCAACGACACAAUGCCAACAUUUGAACCCACCACCGAAAAGUCCGGUGGAAACUGGUUUGGCUUCCCCCGCCGUAGAAAGAGCUACCGCGCCUCAAACAGCUCUCCCCGCUCCCUCGCCGAAGGCUCCGAAAGCAGUGUCGGAACAAUGAGCAGCGCGUUCUCAGCCCUUAAGCGCUUCGGUGCAGGAAGCAAGAUGUUCAACAUCUCCCGAUCAACAGUAACAUCUCGCAACGGCCGCGAAGAAAGUCUAUACUCCGGCUCAGGAGACUCAGGAGACGCCCCCUCCCCAUCAUCCGGCAUCGGUCGUAUCGCCGCGGCCAUCAAAGGCGCAGACGGAAUCGGUCUCUCAAACGCUAAAAUUCGAAUGUAUCUUCGGGAAUCAGCCUCUAAAUGGCGCGAUAUGGGUGCUGCCCGGUUAACAAUCAUGCCUGCUACGCCGAAGAACCCAUCUCGCCCUGGUACAGCAGUUAGUGGCAGCGGCCGCAGCGAUGGUAGCGGUGCAUAUGGUGAUAUUUCACCACCUAGUUCUGGUGCAGCGACACCCCGCGCAGAUCCAGAGAAACGUAUCGUUAUCCGUGGAAAGACCCGCGGUGAGGUUCUCUUGGAUGUCUGUUUACCUGAGAGUGCCUUUGAGCGCGUUGCACGUACUGGCAUUGCUGUUUCUGUGUAUGAAGAUAAUAACGGUAGUGUCGCUAAGCAGGGUGGUGUUACUACAAGCACGCAACGGAUUUACAUGAUUCAAAUGAAGAGCGAGGCUGAAGCAACUUAUACAUUUGGAAUUGUGGGCAAGCUACGAUAUUAA